AUGACUCUUCGUCUCGGUUCUAUUGCUCCUGACUUUGAAGCCAAAACCACCAAGGGUGAUAUCAAGUUCCAUGACUUUAUCGGUGACAAGUGGGCUAUCUUGUUCUCCCAUCCUGCUGAUUUCACCCCCGUUUGCACUACCGAGUUGGGUCUUGUCGCUGCUCUUCAAGAUGAAUUUGACAAGCGCAACGUCAAGGUGAUCGGAUUGUCUGCCAACGACCUUGAUUCGCAUGAAAAGUGGAUCAAUGAUAUCAAUGAAAUCAGCAAUGUCGACCUCCAAUUCCCUAUCAUUGCUGAUGCUGAUCGCAAGGUCUCUGAGCUUUAUGACAUGUUGGAUCAUCAGGAUGCUACCAACAUUGAUGCUAAGGGUGUCCCAUUCACCGUACGCUCCGUCUUUAUUGUGGAUCCCAAAAAGACCAUCCGCUUGAUCCUCACCUACCCUGCUUCCACUGGCCGUAACUUUGAUGAAAUCUUGCGUGUCAUUGACUCUUUGCAACUUGGUGACAAGCACCGCAUCACUACUCCUGGUAACUGGAAGAAGGGCGAUGAUGUUAUUGUUCACCCAAGCGUGUCCACCGAAGAAGCUCAAAAGCUCUUCCCCAAGGGUGUCAAGGUCGUGCGUCCUUAUCUCCGCCUUACUCCCUCUCCUUUCUAA